GCAACCACAUCCUAGCGACAGCAUUUGGCCAGCUCAGUUUACUAGACACAGUCAGCAGAAGAAGAUGUUCUGCUGCUGGCCCCUGAAGCUCAGAUGCUUCAGCUUCAGGAAAACCCAGAGGGUGAGACUUACUGAUGGUUCCCAUGGCCAGCUCAGCCCUCCUGGCCGCUCUUUCUGGCCAUUUCGCAAGAGGCAAAAAAAGGGGAGACAAUCUACGUGCACACCUAAGGAGGAACGUUGGGGAGACUCCCCAACGUUCCUCCCCAGUAAGAAGGGACCCCGUCACCGUGCAGCACCGGGUAAGAGUGGCAGGUCCUGGGUACCAUACCUGGAGCCCCUGGUGGAGGAGAAUGAAGAAGAUCUGACCGAGGUUGCCAUAGAGGGGAAGCCACCAGGAGGACCAGAGGCAACUUCAGGACGUACGGGGGUUCCUGAGGCCACUCCACCCCGGCUUGGGGAAGGAGAAAACAGCCAGGACCCCAGCAGGAUAUCUGUUUGUCCUGAGCACACCCCACCCUGGCUGGGGGAGGGAGAACCCAGCCAGAAGCCCUCCGUUAUGGCCGAGGGUCCUGAGUCCACCCCACCCUGCGUGGGGGAGGGUGAGCCCUACCCAGACCCUGGCAUGACCCCCGCAGGUCCAGAGGCCACCCGAACCCGGCUGAGCCCUCCCCACCCUGGUUGA